UCCUCCGGCAGAAAUAAGAGCCAUGGCAGACAAAUCAACUUCCGGUGAGACCGAGGAGCGAGUAAAUGAAAAUAGUCGACCUGAGACAGGACCCCAGGACAUAUGAUGAACGUUAGCACCCAAUAUGAGUAGGAAGGGUUUAUAAUUAUGUUUUUGUUAUUGGUAUUUAAACUGAUAACAACAAGAGAAAAAAUAUAUAUGGUCAAAUGAAAUGUGGAAUAUUUAUACAAACUGAUCCACAUUAUCCACUACUACACCUUAUUAGACAGAAAUACAUCUUGAAUACAGAAAGGUGGCGGUAAUGCACCUUUAACGCUUUUUACCAGCCGCCAUUACGCCGUAAAAAGAAGACGACGAAGAAGAAGAAGAAGUUUACAGCAGUGGGCGUGGCUUGUGUUCGGAUGACGUCACUAGUGGACAGUCCACACACAGCAUGAUGGCGGCAGCAGCGGUAGCGGUGGAGCGGGGCGGAGGAACUGGAGGAACCGGAGCACCGGGAGGACCGUCUCCUGCUGGAGCCUCUGCCCGGGCUGAAGGCUCCUCUCCCCGGCCUGGCUCUGCGGGUUUCUCGGUGCUGGUGGUUGUCGGGUCUAUGCGGACCAACGGGCUUCUGGAGCCGCUGUUGAAGCAGAUAGAGACCGAGUGUGUCGUGUCUCCCUCUCCAGGUCAGAGGACUCUGCAGCAUCAUGGAGACGUUUUGGACACCCAGGUUGUUGUGAAUCCGGCUCAGGACUUUGUCUGCUCCGAGGUCCGGAGGCUGGUUCUGGACCCGUCCCGUCACAAGCUGCUGGUUCUGGCGGGUCAGUGUGAGGAGGCGUCUGGAGACAUCGUGCUGCAGAAAGGACGCUUCUCCUUCAGAGACUUCCUGCACAUCUUCACAGAGGAAGAGGUGGUGAAGGUGUUGGGUUCUGCAGACCCCGCUCUGAAGGCCCAUCUGACCCUCAGCUGCCCGGACCUGGGUCUCUGGUCCCGCCCGGCUCUGGACCCCCUGCAGGACCUCCUGACGGUGCAGGUGAACCCCCCGCCGGUGCUCCCACAGAUGGAGGGUCUGCAGGAGUUUCUGGAGUACUUGUCCGAAUCUCUGGAGCCCGAAUCGCCCUUUGAGCUCCUGGAGCCUCCGAGCACCGUUGGUUUCCUGAAGCUUUCGAGGCCCUGCUGCUACGUUUUCCCUGGCGGACGAGGAGGAUCCGCGUUCUUCGCCGUGAACGGGUUUAACGUGCUGGUGAACGGCGGCUCUGACACCCGGUCCUGCUUCUGGAAACUCGUUCGGCACCUGGAUCGGAUCGACUCGGUGCUGCUGACCCACGUCGGAGUGGACAACCUGCCCGGCGUGAUCAGUUUGUUGCAGAGGAAGGUGGCCGAGCAGGAGGAGGAAGGAGCUGGAUCCCAGACUGAAGAGGACUGGAUGAAGAACCUCAUCUCCCCAGAGAUAGGGGUCGUCUUCCUGAACGCCCCCGACAGACUGAAGGCUUUACAGGUGGACCCGGCGGAGAUGAAGAGCUGCGAUCAGGCGACGCUCGCUCUGCAGCUUUUAGAAAGACUCUCAAUCAAACCGGAGCCUCUGAGCCGGUCUAACGGACCCAGCAUCGUGCCGCUGAUCCUGUUCCAGAAGAUGGGGGUGGGCCGUCUGGAGCUGUACCCUCUGAACCCCAUGAGUAAAACCCUGGAAGUCUUGAUGCAGAACUGGCCGAACGGCGGGUCGAAUGCACCGUCUGAAGAACUUCCGAUAAGUUGCCUCGCCUCAAUCUGCGCCCUGUUGGUCUGGCACCCAUCGAGUCCUCAGGAGAAGAUCAUCAGGGUCCUUUUCCCGGGCUGCACCCCGCAGAACAGGAUCCUGGAGGGACUCGAUAAACUCAAACAUCUGGAAUUCCUCAAACAUCCCGUUGUGUGUUUGAAGGACCUAGAAAGUCUAAAAAGGGAGAAACCACCAAAGCGAGCGGAGAGUCAGGAGAGUCUGAAGUCCCAGACCAGGGAGGUCCGACCCAGCAGUGCCUUACAGAAAGACAAGAGAGUGGAUCUCAAGAAACAGGAUGUGAAGACGAAGCCGAAGACAGCAGGUGAAACCGGACCGAAAGACAGGAAGGAUGGGGAGGAGAAGCCAAAAGUAAAGGAGGUAGACGCUAAAGCAAAACCUCAGAAACCUGCAGAAAAGCUGGUUCCAAAGAAAGAGGGGUCAAAGGAAGACAAGAAGGACGUGAAGAAGAAGGACGAGAAGGUCUCUGUGAAGAAAGAAGAGAACGCAGAGAAGAAGAAAGAAGCCGUGAAGAAGGAAACGAUAAGUAUUAAACCAAAGAAAGAUCUCAAGCCGGAACCAAAAAAAGACGGCAAGAAGGAUGUGAAGACGGAGGAGAGGAAACCAGCAAAACCAGCUUCUAAAGACGUGAAGAAACCACCAUCGUCCACAGGAAGUAUCGACGUGAAGAAACCACCAUCGUCCACAGGAAGUAUCGACGUGAAGAAAGCACCAUCGUCCACAGGAAGUAUCAACGUGAAGAAAGCACCGGGCAAGUUUGGGUCUCUCAAGAAAGACGGGACCCUCCCAAAGAAAGACUCGACGAAUAAAGGGACGAAAGGUAAACCAGGCUCAAAGGAACCAGAAGUCCAGAAGGAGGCGGAUCGCUCGAAGGUCUCAACGCCCGAGGACAUGACGGCCGAGUUCGAGAAUCUUCGGCUGGAAAACGACAACGGGAACAACUCGCAGGUCAACGGGAACUCUGUGGAGAGUCCGGAGAAGUUUCGCUGCUCAGAACCUGCAAGACCUGUGGGAUCCGAUCUGACCCUCGAGGAGUUGAACCAGGACCCUCGAGGAUGUGUUCUGGAGAACUCUGCGUCCUCUCAGGAUAAACAGUCCAGCCUCCUGACGCUCAGUCCUUUCAGAGACUCGUCCACCACCAUCACCUCCAUGCCGGCAGAACUGGGAUCCCCUCAAUCCACAGAGGUAAGGCGGGUUUAUUUCUGUUAG